UAGCUGCCAAACAUCUCCUUAAUUAAAGGAAAGAAAAAUCUCUUCUUUUACAGAACCACGUGUUGGAACGAAGACGAACAACAAGAACAGAAGUUCUCCCCUAGUGCCCUCGAAUUAUCUUCUGCAGUCAAUUACACCCUAUUUCUUUCCUUCUCCUCCAAUCACAAGGUUCUCUGUUUCUCUGCAUCUUCUCUCUCAAGCUCUCUCCAAUCCAAAAGGGGGAAACCUUUUGGAAAGGGCAUGGAAGCUGAGGAUGAUCUGGACUUGUCAACUCUGCAGUCUCAACUAAGUGUAAGUGAAACUCAAGAAUUGUGGAAGCAGGAAAUGGAAAAAGGUCAAAGCCAAGUAGAUGUGUUACAAGCUAAAACUAUGGAGGUAAAGGCUUGCAUUCAGGGGUCAGAGGAGGAAUCAAAAAAGGAGUUAGAUGUUCUACGGCGAAUGGUGAAAGCUACUGCAACUUUAUUGACUUACUUGAGAUCAAAAGCAAGAGUCAUGGCUGUUCCUGAUUUAGCCCAUAAAUCAUGUGGCAUCAGACUAUUAGAAGGCGUGGGGCUUGUGGAUAAAGAAGGUACACCCUUGUCUGGGUGGUCCAGAAGCGUUGAUCUCUCUUCAUUUGAUUCUCUGGAUGACAAAACAUGGAUUGGAAUUAAUAGACAGCAAGGUUCUUUGGAUGAACAAGAUGGAGCCUAUAUUGGUGAAUUAAUUAAGUCUGUGCAAAUGGUCACAGAUGUAAUGGAAAUUCUUGUUAAGAGGGUAAUCAUGGCAGAAUCUGAAACUGCUCUUGAGAAAGAAAAGGUAACUUUAGGUCAGGAAGAAAUUAAAAAGAAGGCAGUCCAAAUCGAGAACAUGUCUAUAAAGUUAGAAGAGAUGGAAAAGUUUGCUCUGGGUACUAAUAGUGUUCUCAAUGAAAUGAGGCAGAGGGUUGAAGACUUGGUUGAAGAAACUUUUAGACAGAGGCAACGAGCUGCUGAAAAUGAACAGGAGCUUUCUCGUGUGAAGCAGGAUUUUGAAUCCAUGAAAUCUUAUGUUAGCAGUCUCAUUAGUGUAAGAGAAACUCUUCUUUCAUCAGAGAAGCAAUUUCAAACCAUUGAGCGGCUCUUUGAACGGCUAGUCGCCAAGACGACACAGCUAGAGGGUGAGAAAAAGCAGAAAGAGGUUGAAGUUCAGAAGCUUAUGGAAGAUAAUGUGAGGUUGACUGCGCUUCUUGACAAGAAAGAAGCUCAGCUUUUGGCAAUGAAUGAACAAUGCAAAGUAAUGGCCUUAAGUGCUUCAAACAUAUGAUCUGAUCUGACCUGAUCUUAUUUGCUAUCUCGUUCUAUUGCCUGUCCGACUGUGGUGCUUGGUUGCUUAGUUCCAGCAGACUUGUGACCAGCCAGAGAACUGCAAGGUGGGACAAGUAAUACUGCAUAGGCAAAUUUGUGAUGGAUGCUAUUCAAGAAAGUGUAACUCCAUGAAGAGAGCAGGGAGCUUGAAUUAAUGCAAUUGUUGUGCUUUCAAAAAUUGAACCAUAAAGCGUGGAUUCAUAUUCUUGUGCUAUUGGAACAUGGAUUUGGUGUAUUAAUUGAAGAAGUUUCAAAAUGUC